AGAGGAUGAGGCCAUGAGUCAGUCUAUUAUUUGCCAUGUGCCAGAAAGGAUUUAUAAACACAGCAUUGUAGCCUUUCCUUUCAGUCUGUCUGGAUCCCUGCUCCGGUGCACAGGUCUCUAGCAAUGGCUUUCUGGACGGCAGUUCUCGGUGCGCUGUUAGCCUCCAUUCUCGGUGGGCUGUAUCUCCUGGGAGCGUUUCGAAGGAGGAGACCCAUGGAGCCACCACUGGAUAAAGGCCGCAUUCCGUGGCUGGGGUACGCACUGGAUUUCAGAAAGAACAGUGCAGAAUUCCUGAAAAAGAUGCAGAGGCGACACGGGGACAUUUUCACGGUGCUGAUUGGAGGCUACUACUUCACCUUCCUAAUGGAUCCCCUCUCUUUUGGAGCCAUAGUGAAGGCACCAAGAGCCAAACUCGACUUCGAGGCAUUUGCAGUAGAACUGGUCACCAGAGUUUUUGGGUAUCACCCGUGUAAAAAUGACCACAAGAUUAUUCAGGUGUCAAGCACAAAACACCUCAUGGGAGAUGGGCUGGUGGUCAUGACUCAGGCCAUGAUGGAGAAUUUGCAGACCCUCAUGUUUCACAACAGGGACUCAGGAGAAGAGAGACCCUGGCAGCAGGAUGGGCUCUUCCACUACAGCUACAACAUUGUCUUCAGAGCUGGCUACCUGGCUUUGUUUGGAAACGAGCCAGGCACAGGCACACCGAGUGAGGAGAAAGCCAAGAAGCGUGAUCUCAUCCAGUCCGAAGAGCUGUUUGAUGAGUUCCGGAAGUAUGACCGCCUCUUCCCCCGCCUGGCCUACGCCGUGCUGCCCCCAAGGGAUAAAAUGGAAGCGGAGAGGCUGAAGAGGCUCUUCUGGAAGGUGCUUUCUGUGAAGAACAGCCGUGAGAAGGAUAACAUCAGCGGGUGGAUAAGCGACCAAGAACAAUUCCUGGCAGAGCUUGGGGUGCCCGAGUACAUGCGGGAUCGGUUCAUGUUUCUUCUUCUCUGGGCAGCCCAAGGCAACACGGGCCCAAGCUCUUUCUGGCUUCUCUUGUAUCUUAUGAAGCAUCCCGAAGCAAUGCAGGCUGUGAGGGAAGAAGUGGACAAAGUUUUAGCAGAGGCUGGUCAGGAAGUGAAGCCAGGCAGCCCUGUGGUUAACAUCACCAGGGACAUGUUAAUGAAAACUCCUGUUCUGGACAGUGCAGUGGAGGAGACCCUGCGCCUGACAGCAGCUCCCAUUCUGAUCAGAGCAGUGGUUGAGGAUCUGAAUCUCAAGAUGGCCAAUGGCAGGGAAUACACCCUCCGCAAAGGGGACAGGGUAGCCCUGUUUCCCUACGUUGCAGUGCAGACGGACCCCGAAGUCCAUCCUGAGCCUCACACCUUCAAAUACGACCGGUUCCUGAACCAAGAUGGCACCAAAAAAGAUUUCUACAAGAAUGGGAAAAAGCUGAAAUACUUUAACAUGCCCUGGGGGGCAGGAACCUCAAUCUGUCCUGGACGGUUCUUUGCUGUCAAUGAAAUAAAACUGUUUGUGUUCCUGAUGUUGUCUUACUACGACUUGGAGCUAGUUAACGAGAAAGAAGAGAUCCCUCCGAUAGACGUGAGCCGAUGGGGAUUUGGUUCGAUGCAGCCCACUCACGAUGUCCAGUUUAAAUAUCGUCUACGUAUUUAAUGUGAAAACGUGACCCCCUUCUGCUGCAGCCCUGCUGUGUACUGGCUCCUUAAUUCAGUCAAGAGGGAUUGAUUUGUCGAGUUGAAUUGCAGUAAAAGUUACAGAAGAGAUUGGUCUGUGUAAAGUUCUUCCAUAUGUGUCAUAGCCUGUUAGAUGGUUGUUAUGACAUUUCUGUUUAUCAGGCAACACAGCACUGCUCAGAACGUUAAUGUUUAAUCUACAUGUUGCUCUUAUCUUGGAACUCUUAGACUCACUGCAGCAAUUCCCCUAUCUCCUGUUCCAGAAUUGUAGGGAGCUGUGUAAGCAAAUGCCUGCUGACGUGCAAAGAAAACAAGAGUGUUAGUGUAUUUCCUGAAGGAAAAUAGGAACAGGGAGCGUUUCCUUAACAUGGAUUUAUGGGUUUUUAUUUCUUCCACUCUUCUUACUGUAAAUCUGAAAUGUUUGACUGCAUUUAGAAAUAUAUUGAAUGGUCAUAGGACAAAUACAUUCUUUAUACAGGGGUUAGGAGCAAGGAUUCUGGGGAUUAAUUUCAAAUUGUGGUGACAGGAAUCCUGGUGCACUUUGCUAAAUUUUAUUUUUAUUAAAAGAAUGCUGUCAGCCUA